GAAAUGGCGGAGGCCAGAUUUUACAAAGAUCAGGACGAAUUAAACUGUCCAGUUUGUCUGGAUCUCUUGAAGAAUCCAGUGACCAUCAACUGUGGACACAACUUCUGCAUGGAGUGUAUAAAUAUAUACUGGGAUCAGACCGGAGUUUACUGUUGUCCUCAGUGCAGACAGGCUUUCACCCCGAGGCCUGUGUUACACAGGAACAACAUGCUGGCUGAAAUGGUGGAGAAACUAACUGUUAAUGCUGGAUCUGCAGACCUUCAGUGUGGUUACUGUACUGAGAGAAAAGAAGAAGCCAUCAAGUCCUGUCUGACAUGCAUGGUUUCCUAUUGUGAAACUCACCUUAAACCUCAUCUCACUCUUCCAGUGUUGAAGAACCACAAGCUGGUCGAUGCUGUUGCAGAUUUACAGGAACAGCUCUGCAGUCAGCAUGGUAAACUUCUGGAGAUCUUCUGUCAGACUGACCAGAGCUGUAUCUGUUAUUUGUGUAUGGUGGACAACCACAAAGAUCAUAAAACAGUCUCAGUUGCAGCACAGAGAAAUGAGAAGCAGAAUCAGGCAAAGGAGCUGCAGAGGAACCUCCAGCAGGGGAUUCAGCAGAAACAGAAGACAGUGAAUGAGCUGAAAGAGUCUGUGAUCACUGUAAAGAGCUCAGCACAGAAAGCGGUGGAAGAAAGUGAGAAGACCUUUGAGGAACUGAUACGCUUCAUACAGAGAAAGCAAGCAGAGGUGUCAGAACUCAUCAGAGCUCAGGAGAAGUCUGAACUGAGUCAGGCUGAACAGCUUCUGGAGAAACUGGAGAAGGAGAUUAGUGAUCUUAAGCAGAGAGCAACUGAGUUAGAGGAGAUUAUACAGACGGAGGAUCACAUUCGCUUUCUCCAGAGUUUCAUGUCUGUUGGUGCCUAUUAUGAAUCUGACACGUCUCCUGCCAUCACUGCAAAUCAACAUCUGUCAUUUGAUGAAGUGAAGAAAGCGGUCUCUGAGCUAAAAAUACACGUAGAAGAAUUUGUUAAGGAGGAAUUCAACAAAAUUCCUUGCCACUUAAAAGAUGCUGUUCUUUUAAACAGACCAGCCACAACAGUUGACACAUUUUCAUCUCUGUCAGAGUUAGAAAAUAUAUUACGUUUGCAGAACAUGUUAAAGGAGUCGCCACAGAGGAGGGCUUCAGCCAACCCCAUAAUCCCAUCAGACAAUCAUGACUCUGUGCGGAGGAGACUCACAGAGCGACAAAAGGGAGAAAUAAUAAAUUUUCAGAACAUGUUCCAGGAGUCGCCACAGAGGAAGGCUUCAGCCAACCCCAUAAUCCCAUCAGACAAUCAUGACUCUGUGCGGAGGAGACUCACAGAGCGACAAAAGGGAAAAAUAAUAAAUUUGCAGAACAUGUUCCAGGAGUCGCCACAGAGGAAGGCUUCAGCCAACCCCAUAAUCCCAUCAGACAAUCCUGACUCUCUGCAGAGGCACCUCAUGAUGCAAGAAAGGCACAAACAUUUAGCUAGCCGUUUUAAUAAAUAAAUUUAAGUAGUUUGGAGAGGGAAAAUUUGGGUGGUGGACACAAAGGUAUCAGAGAGAAGGAACUUACAAAUUCAUCAACACACUAAAACAAAGAUUUUCUUAAAAAAAGAAAUUACAGUUUAUUAAUUUUGACAUUUGUUUCUUUUUUCUAAUUGUCUGGGCGGCACGGUGGCUCAGUGGGUAGCACUGUCGCCUCACAGCAAGAAGGUCCUGGUGGUUCAAUCCCCAGGAGGGGCGGUCCGGGUCCUUUCUGUGUGGAGUUUGCAUGUUCUCCCUGUGUCCGUGUGGGUUUACUCCGGGUGCUCCAGUACGUCCAGAGACGUACAAGUGAGGUAAAUUGGAGAUAUAAAAUUGUCCAUGACUGUGUUCUAUAUAAUCUUGUGAACUGAUGAAUCUUGUGUAAUGAGUAACUACCGUUCCUGUCAUGAAUGUAACCAAAGUGUAAAACAUGACGUUAAAAUCCUAAUUAACAAACAAACAAACUCUAAUUGUCUCUACCUUUAAUGUUUAUUUAUUGGUUUAAUGGCAUGUCAACACAUUGAUUAUAAUCAUGAGAGAAUCGUUUAGUCUUUUCUUUUUUUUUUAUAUUUAUAUAAAAGAUCAAAUCAUAGUCUUUGUUCAGCUUUUGUUUUUUUCUGUGUGUGCUUUCAGUUGUAUAUUGGUAUAAAGUCCUCCCACAGUCCAAAGACGUGCAAGUGAGGUGAAUUGGAGAUACUAAAUUGUCCAUGACUGUGUUCGAUAUAACCUUGUGAACUGAUGAAUCUUGUGUAAUGAGUAACUACAGUUCCUGUCAUGAAUGUAACCGAAGUGUAAAACCUGACGUUAAAAUCCUAAUAAACAAACAAACAUGGUCUGGAGAAACUCAAGUCUUUGCAGCUCUUGUAAAUAAUUAGAAGAGUCAGUUAGAAUAUGCCUGAUGAAGACAAGUACUUGGUAAGGUUCACAUAAUGGAGCCUCUACUCUUCUUACUGAGUGAGUGUGUUAGCACCCAGUGUAUGCCACCUGAUCUCUGCGUUUUUCUAACUGGAAGUUUUGUUGGGUGUUAACUUUCGGGCAUAUUCGUGUUCGGAGCUUGUUUUGUUCUUGGGUUUCCCAUUCAGCCUGCCAUCUGUUUCUGAUAUAGCUGUUUAUUACUGGUUUUGGGUCUGAAGGUGGGAGUUUAUGCUUCUUUCUGGCUGCCUGGUCUGUGUUGCUGCAGUAUCCUGGUAUCCAGUACAUUUUAUGUAAUGGUUUCUUUUGGUAAGCUUUUGUAUCUUUUCCAGCAUUUGGUUUCUGAUUAGGUGUUGCGAAGGCUUCUGCUGUAUAACUAAA